AAGGCAACUGUCUGAAACGAAGGACCUCAAAGCGCCAAGAUGGCGGCGCCCGUGGGCGAUACCGGGGAGUUUGAAAGCUGGCUGAACGACCGACUGGACUCGUUAGAAGUUGAUCGUGAAGUGUACGGUGCAUAUAUUUUAGGGAUUCUAAAGGAAGAGGAGAGCGACGAGGAACAAGAAGAUGCGCUUCAAGGAAUUUUGUCUGCUUUUCUGGAUGAAGAUACCAUAGAAGAGGUCUGCAAGCAGAUCAUCAAUCACUGGAAGGAGUGUUGCAACCGAUUGGCUGGCAGACAAAACACCGAUGACGCUGAGGUCCAGGCCAUUGCUAGCAUGAUAGAAAAACAGGCUCAGAUUGUCGUGAAACAGAAAGAGUCGUCUGAGUCGUCGAAGAAAAGAAAAGAGGCUCUUCUUGCUCAAUACGCUAACGUAACGGAUGAAGAGGAUGAAGCAGAAGGGGAGCCACUGGCUGGAAAUGAAGUUCCUGGAAGUGAUAGAUGUAUCCUUUCCGACUGUUUUUAUCUGAAAUCCCAUACUAUUUAGCUUUAUCAAAUGAAU